AUAUAGAAGAGCGGAGGCCGAUCCGUGACCGUGAGCACUCUGCUCUCUGCUGCUCGCUUCUCUCAUCCGAUCCAUGCCACCAUAGCGGUCAAAUAGACUAGGUCGACCAGCCUUUUUCUUUCAGAGCCUUGUGUCUCCCUUUGCCUCUUUUUCUUUUCUGCUGUGUUCCCAGCUCGCAGCCCUUCCAUGCUCUUGUCACAUACACUCGCACGCAGGCCGGCCUUUGAGCUGAGACCGCCGAGAGGCAUAGCACAGGCACCACCACACACCACCGCACCAGCCCUUGCCGCGUAUAAAACGUCUCGUGCGUAGGCGGCGGCGACUAGCUAGGCUGUCCCCGUCACGCAUACGCUACGCGCACACUAUAUUGGGGGGGUUGCAUGAUCAGGCAUCAUCCGACCGACGGCAUGAGGAGGAAAGGGAGCGACUGUACACGGAUCAGCCCAGCCGAGAUCACGCCCAUGAUCUCCCUGCCGUCCACCAGGCGGUCCGCGGGCCGGACGGCGUCGGCGCCGGACCGGGACCGGGAGGAGGAGCGACCUCGGCAACGGCGAGUGCGAGGCGCGUGCGGCUCUCGCCUGCUGCGGACCGCGCGGUGGACGGCCGCGCGCUUCUACAGGCGAGCGCGGGUAAGCAUCGCCAGGGCGUUUCGGCCCCCGUCGACGACGGCGGCCAAGAGAGCACAAGCAGGCGCCGGCGCCGCUUCGCCCGACUGCGGCACGCCGGCGAGGCGGCGUAGUAGCAGGCGGCAGCAGCAGUCGUCCGCGCCGACGACGGUCGUCGUCGUCGAUGACUCGCACAAGAGCGAAGCGGUGGAGGAGUGCAUCAGGUUCAUGAACUCGUCGUCGAGGAAGUACCGGUAGAGUCUCUGGAGGUUCCGUGUGCGCGCGGAUGCUAGCGGCCUCGUUCUUGUAUUUGUUCCUUCCUCUUUUCUAUCUCUCUCUCUCUCUUUUUGCCUUUCAUCUGUAUGCGCAUCUGUUCUGAUGUACUUGAGAAACAUACUGGUUACUUUCAUCUUUUGCGUGCC